GUGGUUAGGGCGUUGGCUGCUUUUUGGAACAAAAACUAUGUUAGAUUUAAAAAAAAAAAUCAAAAUGUCUUCCCAGAAAAAGGAGCCAAUUCUGAGCAUACGCUAAGUUCCUAGAAGCCUACCUUGCUUUCAUUGGAUUGUGUUUAACGGAUUCAUUUGCGUACAAAUGGGCAUGGCCCAACUUUUUGACGCGCAGCCGAUUUUCAAAUGGAAGCGCCGCCUUCCGAGACGCUUUAAGGACGCGGUAACGACGCUUGGCGUCAAGAAUAAGAGUGGAGUCCGGUGCUCGAGGGUUCUUCUUUGUCCGGUGCAAAAAUGUCUUCCAGCAGCCUGCUUCGUUGCGUGUUGUGCUGGAAGUCCGAAGAGGAUUCGGUGACGGGAGCGCUCGCGACAAAAGACGACAUUACUGCGCAUGAGAACUGUCUGCUGUACGCAUCCGGUAUUUACUGUAAAAACUCCCCGGUGUUUGACGACCUCUUCGGAUUCUCGGUAGAGGACGUGGAACAGGAGAGCAGAAGGGGCAAGAAACUGAAGUGUCACGGGUGUAAGAACACUGGAGCCACUGCUGGCUGUGAGGUGAAGCGAUGUCCUCGGUCCUAUCACUACCCCUGUGCUGUCAAGUCCAACGCACGCACCAUAGAGAACCAGACCAAGGGGGUCUAUCAGUUAUUUUGUGCAUAUCACUAUGAGAAGGCCAAUGGAUCUGCAGCAGCUCAGAAUGGAGGAGCAGCCAACCCAAGAGAGGGGUCAAAGGCCAAGCCCACUGCUAUGUCAACAGUCAGCAGGAAGAGGAGGCUCCCGGACUCAGAUGAUGAGGAGGACUGUCUUCUGAUACCACCUGUGGAGUCGGACCUUGAGGACCUUGAGGACAGCCCACAGCCUAUGAUGCAGUCCAAAGGUCCUGAGAACACAACUGACAGAGAAACUACAACGUCAUCCAAACAGCGCACAGACAUGUCUAGCUCCUGUCUAGGUCUUGAUGGAGAUGACACAGAUAUCGAAUCAGAUGAGGCAUCAGAGAGUUUGCUUCCCGGCGCGUCAUCUUUGAAUGGAAGAGAACCCCCCCACACACACACACACACCUCCCCAGCUUUGCCACCAGAAGUCCCAGUGUCCACUCUGGCCCCCUGUCCAGCAGAUGCCCCAAGCCCAGCAGAUGCCCCAAGCCCAGCAGAUGCCCCCAGCCCGGUAGAUGCCUCCAGCCCAGCAAAUACCCCCGGCCCAGCAGAUGCCCCCCUGGAGCGUGUGGGGCGGGCAGAGGCAUUCUGGCGCUACUGCAGGGAGGCUGGCUGCACGGAGGCCAUCUUUAGCUGCAUCUCCGCUGACCUGAACAACCUGGCCCAACGCAUCCAGGAGCAGAGGGCCAGCGCAGAGGACUUUGUGGUUGGCCUGAGAGUGCUCCAGGCUUUUGGGCACUCAGAAGAGAUCAUAGCUCAGCUGGAGGAGGACUUUAAAGUGAAUCUGAGGGACCUGCAGCUGAGGAGAGAAGCACUGAAAGCAGCUAGACGCUCUCUGACCACAGACCAGCAGAGACCAGAAGUUACCACAGACCAGCAGAGACCAGAAGUGACCACAGACCACCUGCCUCCCACUCAUCUAGAGGACUGGUCUAGUCUCUGGUCUAGUCUCCCACUCAUCUAGAGGACUGGUGUAAGACUAGAGGACUGGUCUAGUCUCCCACUCAUCUAGAGGACUGGUCUAGUCUCCCACUGAUCUAGAGGACUGGUCUAAGACUAGUGGACUGCUCUAGUCUCCCACUGAUCUAGAGGACUGCUCUAGUCUCCCACUGAUCUAGUGGACUGCUCUAGUCUCCCACUGAUCUAGAGGACUGGUCUAAGACUGUCUCCCAAACUGUCUCCUUUAAGAUUGUCUCCCAAACUGUCUCCUUUAAGAUUGUCUCCUAAACUGUGUCCUCUAAGACUGUUUCCCCAACUGUUUCUUCUAAAGCUAGGAAUAGUCCUCCCACCUUAAAGGAAUUGUCCGGAGUAAAAUGUACUUUAGAUCAAUUUACGGAUGAUUGGGAGUACAUACGUUGAGUUGACAUCCAAAUCAUGUCAUUCGGAUGUGUUUUGAGAAAGUUCGAUGUUACCGUUUUUAGUCAAAACUCGUGGAAGUGA